AUGUCGAAAAUCACAGUCGCCGGAGUGCGCCAGAACGUGCAACAACUUCUCGAUUACUCUUUGAACGAGAAGAAGCGAAACUUCCUCGAAACUGUCGAACUCCAAAUCGGCUUGAAGAACUAUGACCCCCAGCGUGACAAGCGUUUCUCUGGCACCAUCAAGCUGCCGACCGUUCCCCGACCGAACAUGGCCGUCUGUGUUCUCGGUGACCAGCACGAUAUCGACCGAGCCAAGCAUUUCGGUGUCGACGCCAUGUCCUCGGACGACUUGAAGAAGCUGAACAAGAACAAGAAGCUGAUCAAGAAGCUCGCCCGCAAGUACGAUGCCUUCGUCGCCUCCGACAGCUUGAUCAAGCAGAUCCCUCGUCUCUUGGGUCCUGGUCUGUCCAAGGCCGGCAAGUUCCCUACCCCGAUCUCCGCCAACGAAGAUCUUUCCGCCAAGAUUACCGAGGUCAAGUCCACCAUCAAGUUCCAGUUGAAGAAGGUUCUGUGCAUGGGUGUCGCUGUCGGAAACGUCGGUAUGUCCGAGGAUGAGCUGAUCUCCAACAUCAUGUUGGCCAUCAACUACCUGGUCAGUUUGUUGAAGAAGGGAUGGCAGAACGUGGGAAGCUUGACCAUCAAGGCUACCAUGAGCCCGCCCAAGAGAUUGUAUUAA